AUGGAAGACCUUGAGCUGGUUACUCUUGAUGAAAACAUCCCGGACCGGCAGGUCAGGAUCGGCACCUCUCUCUCACAGGAGCUUCGUUCUGAUCUUGUCGCCUUCCUUCGCCUUAAUUCUGAGGUCUUCGCCUGGUCGUACAAUGACAUGCCUGGCAUAUCACCUGAGAUCAUAUCCCACCGGCUAAGCAUUAAUCCUGCCGUUCGACCCGUUCGGCAGAAGCGUCGUGCUUAUGACCCAGAGCGAUAUGAGGCCAUGAGGGCAGAGGUGGACAAGCUAACUAGCAUUGGAUUUAUCAAGGAAGUGGACUAUCCCACCUGGCUGGCCAAUGUGGUGAUGGUCCGAAAGGACACAAAAGGCUGGCGCAUGUGUGUAGACUACACCAACCUCAAUCGGGCCUGCCCGAAGGAUAGCUUCCCCCUACCCCGCAUCGACCAGUUAGUUGACGCCACAGCUGGCCAUGCCCUUCUCAGCUUCCUGGAUGCUUACUCGGGGUACAACCAGAUUUUCAUGCAUCUUGAGGACCAAGCCCAUACCUCCUUCAUCACGGAUCGUGGCCUUUACUACUAUAAGGUCAUGCCAUUCGGCCUCAAGAAUGCCGGGGCCACAUAUCAGCGUCUGGUGAACGGAAUCUUCGCUCCCCUAAUUGGCAACACCAUGGAGGUUUAUGUUGAUGACAUGCUCGUCAAGAGUCGCACUACUGACUAG